AUGUGUAAUAUACAGCAAUCAGGGAUUAUAAAUUAUAGAUCAAUAACAAUUGGAAGACAUUUCAAAUUUGGAAAGUUAUUGAAACUACAUUUAGAUAAUAAUAUAAUUUUUAAUGAUAGAAUCUUAUCUAAGUUUACAAGGCUAAGAAAUAAUCUACAAAAAGGAGCAAAUUAUUUAAAAAUAAGAGGGGUUAAUUCCUUCAACGUGAGAAAAUCUUCAACUAUUUUGAUGACUUUAUUGAUAUUUAGUGGAACAUCAUUUUAUGCAUUACAUGAAAUAAAAAAGAUAAAUCAAGAUACAAUAAUAGAAAAGUGCAGUAGAAUUUUGGAGAAUUCUGAAUUUGAAAAACUAAUCAAUAAUUUAUUGGAACGGAUUUUUAUUUCCAUAUUAAAUAACGAGAAUAUUCAAGAGAGGAGUCUUUAUUUUUUGAAUAAGGUUUUAUCUGAUAAUAAAAAUAUAACAGAAUCAUUAGUUAAAAUAUUAAAUAGUGAAAUAGUACAAAAUUGGUUAUAUAGAACAGUUGAUGAAAUUAUUGAUUAUAUAACAACAUCUAUGGAGGUUACAGAAAAAACUGCACUUUUACUUUUUAAUGCAAUAAAUCAUGAUAUAUUUUAUGAUAAUGCUCAGAUAUGGUGUAAAAAUAUUAUAAAUGAUCAUAUUUUAGGAGAUCCAAAUAUUCAGUAUAACACAGGUAAUUUUUUAACAAAUAUAAUAGAGAGUGAUGAUGUACAAAAAAAAGUGGUUGAAUGGAUAUAUCAUAUACUUUCAAGAGCAGAUAUGCAGGAAUACUUAUCCUUAGCUUUUUGGGAUAUAAUAAAAUAUUCAAUUAAAUAUCCAAAAUUUUGGUUUAGAGAAAAGAAAUUAAAAUCUUCUAUAGAUAAUCAACUUGAUAUUAACUAUAAAACAAAUGAGGAUAACGAAUUAUUAUCAGCAGAUCCUAUUUUAAAUAAUAGUAAUGAUAAAAAAAGUAAUUAUGAAAGAGAAUAUGUUGAACUAAUUCUACUUUUAGAACGUGUAAUGGAUAAGAUAAGGGCUAAUGAGAAAUUUAAAGAUCUAGACACUUCUGAUUUCAAUAAAACUGAUAUUAAUUUACAUUUGAAUGCAAAGGAAAUUGAAUCAUUCUAUUCAGCCUUAAUUACAGCUCAUAAGAAAUUAAUUAAUAGUGAAUUUUCCGGUUUACUUAACGAAUCUAAUGAUAAAGGAUAUAAAUUGAAUAUGAGGGAUAAUAAUGACAAAUCUAAAAAAAUAAUAAAUUUGAAUUUUCAAGAUGGAAAUAUUGAUGUAGAGAAUAAUAAAUUAUAUAAUACUCCAAAAAAACUUGAAAUAAGUUGCAAAGAUGAAAAUUCCGAAAAAAUAGAUAACAAAAAAGUAGAUCACUUUUUAGAAGUUGGAGGUGAUCAAUUAAAAAGUAAUAAAGUUGGUAAUUUGGUAGAUUUUAGGAGUUUUGAAGAUUUAGUUAAUUUUGAAGAAUUUUCAAAGAGAAGUUAUACUUAA